ACAAUAAAAAAAAAAAACCUCUUUCUCAGAAGACUAGAUCAUCAAUGGCCGCCACCACCACCACCACCACCACCACCAGACGAGUUCGUUCAUUCAAGCGGUGGUUAAAGUCCAAAGGUAUCAACUUUAUCGAUGCCCUCCAAAUUUGCGACUGCCCUCUUCAAGGAAUCUCAGUCAGAACACUCUGCGACCUCACCUUAGGUGACGUGGUCGCCACCAUACCCAAGCAGGCUUGCCUCACCGUAGAGACUAGUGGUGCUAGAGACCUCAUUGAAGCUUAUUCUUUGAAUGAUGGUGAUACUCUGGGUCUCGCUGUGGCCAUCAUGUACGAGAGGAGCCUCGGCCAGUCAUCCCCUUGGGCUCCUUAUUUUAGUGUCACGCCUUACCAAGAGGAGUCCUUGCCUUUGGUUUGGACUUCGGAUGAAGUUGAUGGGUUGCUCUGUGGUACUUCGAUUCACAAGGCAGUGAAGGAUGAUCAAGCUCUAAUACGCGAGGACUGGGAAGAGAGAAUUCAGCCUCUAUUGAAAAUGGAAUCUUCAAAGCUCGAUCCCAGCUUCUUUCGCGUUGAAGACUAUUUCGCUGCUAAAACUAUCAUUCAUUCUCGCUCUUUUUGGGCUGGUGACUUCCAUGGUUAUGGAAUGAUUCCUUUGGUUGACUUGUUUAAUCAUAAAACUGCAGCUGAGGAUGUACACCUCGUAGGUGUUUCUUAUUCAUCUUUUGAUUCUGAUUCUGAUUCUAAUUCUGAUUCUGAUAGUGAAGUUGAUAGUAACCAAGUGAAAGAUUUUACCUAUGCUUACAAUAAGAAUUCAGAUAAUUCAAAGAUGGAGAUUACUCCUGAAUUAGAUGAUGAGUUUGGAGAUAUGAAGAUGAUUAUGGUCAAACAUGUCAAAGCUGGAUCCGAGGUGUAUAACACUUAUGGUUAUAUAGGUAAUGGAAGACUGCUUCACAAGUUUGGAUUUACAGAGCCUAAUAACCCACAUGACAUAGUGAACAUUGACAUGGAAAUAGUACUCGAAUGGAGCUCGUGGUUAUUCUCUAGCCGACACACUAGAGCAAGGGUAUCACUAUGGAAAAAACUCGGUUUCUCAGGGUGUGAGUGUGACACUCUAGUAGGUUCUGAUUAUUUUGAGAUCUCGUUUGAUGGAGAGCCUCAAAUAGAGCUACUAACUUUGUUAUACAUAAUUUUGUUACCGAGGAAUGCAUAUGACAAAUUGGAUUUUGUAGUUCGUGUGGAUUCAAUAGGGAUGGAAGGACAGGGCUUGUUUUUGUUGAAAGUAAUCACAAAACCGAGCAACAACACUUUUGUGAACAAAAGUGUUGGCGAUGCUCUUUUGACAAUUGCAAAUAUUAGAGAGAGUAUUUAUGGUUCGAAUUCGUUAGAGGAUGAUAUUGAAGCGUUAGAGAAGUGUUGUCGCGUAAGAGAUAAGAAGUUGUACCAUUCUUUGGCGCUUCGAAUUAGCGAGAGAAGGAUUCUUCAGAAGCUCAGAGGUUAUGCUGGUAGGAGAACUUCACACUUGGAAUGUAUCUCAGAUUUUUGCACUAUUUCAUGUAUUUAAUACAACUAGUUAAUUCUUCAAUUUCACAGGUAUGGAGUCACCCAUCGUCUGAGUCGUCUGGGUAUAGCCCAUGUUGAGUGACCACUGCUUAGGAUUAUAGUAUUCAAUGUUUUGUUAAACAAGAAACUUUUGUAAUAUUCUCUUGAUUGAGAUGAGUUGAGCAUUACAUGCUACUAUGCUAGAUUCUUGUACAAAAAGUUGUGUCCAACUAACCGUGUAAACUAAAUCUUUGUUGGACGCUUUGUCUUGCCUCCGAAGAGUUUUCUAUGACUGAUAACGUGUUUCUUUUC